AUGCUUUAGGAUCUGCGCUACACUCACGGUGACAGUCACAUCGGUAGUGACAGGAAUGUAGUUGUGGUGGUAAAACUUUGAUCCCGAACGUGGCUUGACAUUACAUACAUGAUCAAAUCAGCAUUAAAUCAUCAGAAGCACAUAGCGUAGCCGAGAAAUCCGAGUUUCCGAGGAGUCCCUGAAUGCUGCAAGAGCGUCAACCCUCCACCCCUCGAGGAAGCCGAGCGACAUCCAUCAGACUCGUUGCAAUCUCAGAGGAACUCUCGAGCACUUCUCAGGCGGCGCUCCACUGAACACUUCACCGGGCCGUCACGUCGAGCUCCGGCCAAGUCUCGGUGGUCUGUGGCGGGUUUCCCCUCUCCUUCAGAACUGUGGGAGAGAUGCGACGUCUCGGAGGAGGAGGAGACCAACUGGCCAAGCAGCAGCAGCAGCAACAGCAGCAGCAGCACACACCUGCGAGCAGGGUCUGAGUUUGUUUCGAUAACGUCAAAGAAAGAUAUUUUGCGGGCAUCACUAUGACUGAUGGGGAUUAUGACUACCUUAUAAAGCUCCUUGCCCUGGGGGACUCUGGCGUGGGGAAGACCACCUUCUUGUACCGAUACACAGACAACAAGUUCAACCCCAAGUUCAUCACCACAGUCGGCAUCGACUUCAGGGAAAAGAGAGUGGUGUACACAGCGUCCAACCCCAAUGGGGCAACCACGGGGAAGACCUUCAAGGUUCACCUUCAGCUCUGGGACACAGCUGGACAGGAGAGGUUCCGCAGCCUGACCACGGCGUUCUUCAGGGACGCCAUGGGGUUCCUGCUGAUGUUUGAUCUCACCAGCCAGCAGAGCUUCCUCAACGUCAGAAACUGGAUGAGCCAGCUACAAGCCAAUGCCUACUGUGAGAAUCCAGAUAUUGUGUUGAUAGGAAACAAGGCGGAUCUGGCCGACCAGCGUGAGGUUCAGGAGAAACAGGCCAAGGAGCUGGCUGAUAAAUAUGGGAUUCCGUACUUUGAGACGAGUGCAGCGACGGGAGCGGAGGUUGACAAGGCGGUCCUAACGCUGUUGGACCUGGUCAUGAAGAGGAUGGAGCAGUGCGUCGACAAACCGCCCGCUGAGCCAGCCAAUGGGAACGGGGCCACAAAGCUCGCUGAUGCGCAGCCCAAUGAGAAGAAAUGUGCAUGCUAGAUGAAGAAGGCAACGACCAGUCAGCGCUCCUCUGUCCUUCUGUCCUUUCUACUCGCAACAUUCCCUCCUUCUUUUACCUUCACCGUCAUCUUUUGAUUGCAUGUGUCUUCAUCUUCUCCUGUUCACUUUCUUCUCUUUAAAACUAACCUUUGACCAUCUUCUGCUACUCUUUUAUUUCUCCUUUUUUCUCCUCCCAAAGUGUCUGCCAGAGGGCAAUGAAACAACCCUGUCCCCCUCUAGUGGAUAUUCGAGGUAAUACAGUCUCAGCCUGUCUGCCUUUGAGCUCGGUUUAGGAGGAAAUGAAAACAGGAGGGUACAGUUUCAUCACUGUCAGACACGUAAUGUGCCUCGUUUAAAACAUGCAGCCUGGGAAUUAAGCCCUGCACACUUCCAAUUUGUCUGCUCGCAAGUGGUUUGAAUGACUUAAAUGGAUCUACACAGGCAAAAGGAGGAAGGAGAUUUAAAACUUUUAAUUUGAACUCCUUAAGUUCAUCACUUCUAACAGGGGAAAAAUGUUGCCUCCUGUUUAGUCUGUCACUUAAUGAUGACAGCCUGAUCCGGACCGUUAAGAGUUUAACAGCUGUGUGCCUGUGUACAUAAAAUCCUGGUCCUCUCCUUACACUUUUCCUCCUGUACCAGGGUGAGCAACUGUGACCAAUUUAUUUAAAUUUUUUUGCCCCCUAGUUUCACACUGUUUUCAAUGCUGUACCUGUAUUAGCCAUGUAUUGUAAUUUUUCAGUGUUUCAAGACGUUUUUGUCUCAUUCACAGAUGCAAGACGUUUGCUAAAAAUGCACCACGUUGUAUUUAAUGUGCAGAAGUUGGCCACUGUGCCAUGGUGGAGGUCUUAGACACCUGAGCGAAAAUGGCUGUUUAUUAAGCUAAUGUCCACUUGUUAGUUUAUAUGGCUAACUUUA